AGUGCCUGUUCCUUAAUGCGCCUGCGUGGUUUCUCCCACGCCCUGGGGAGGAUUCCUAUCGACUUGCUCCGCGCUCGGCGGCUCUUCCUGGCAGCAGGCGGCCAUCUUGCUGGAGCCUGCUCCCGCGGGCGGACACGCCGGAAGAGGAGGCCAGGGAAUGGCCGCGGUGUGGCAGCAGGUCUUAGCAGUAGACGCGAGUUGAUUGACUCCCUCUGUCCUGUGCCUGCUGCCCGCCUUGCCUCCUGCCAUCGCAGGUACAACGCGUACCGCACACCAACGUUUCCACAGUUUCGGACGCAAUAUAUCCGACGGCGCAGCCAGCUACUGCGAGAGAAUGCCAAAGCUGGGCACCCUCCAGCAUUGCGUCGGCAGUACCUGAGGCUGCGUGGGCAGCUGCUGGGCCAGCGUUACGGGCCCCUCUCUGAGCCAGGCAGUGCCCGUGCCUAUAGCAACAGCAUCGUCCGCAGCAGCCGCACUACCCUUGACCGCAUGGAGGACUUCGAAGAUGAUCCUCGGGCCCUGGGGGCCCGUGGGCACCGCCGCUCUGUCAGCCGAGGCUCCUACCAACUGCAAGCACAGAUGAACCGUGCUGUCUAUGAGGACAGGCCCCCAGGCAGCGUGGUGCCCACCUCAGCGGCAGAAGCAAGUCGAGCCAUGGCUGGGGACACAUCGCUGAGCGAGAACUAUGCCUUUGCAGGCAUGUACCAUGUUUUUGACCAGCACGUGGAUGAGGCAGUCCCCAGGGUGCGCUUCGCCAAUGAUGACCGGCACCGCCUGGCCUGUUGCUCACUUGAUGGCAGCAUCUCACUGUGCCAGCUGGUACCUGCCCCGCCCACCGUGCUCCGAGUGCUGCGGGGCCACACCCGCGGGGUCUCCGACUUUGCCUGGUCUCUCUCCAAUGACAUCCUUGUGUCCACCUCCCUUGAUGCCACCAUGCGCAUCUGGGCCUCUGAGGAUGGCCGCUGCAUCCGGGAGAUCCCUGACCCUGACGGCGCCGAACUGCUCUGCUGCACCUUCCAGCCGGUCAACAACAACCUUACCGUGGUGGGGAAUGCCAAGCACAAUGUGCACGUCAUGAACAUCUCCACGGGCAAGAAAGUGAAGGGUGGUUCCAGCAAGCUGACGGGCCGCGUCCUCGCUCUGUCCUUUGAUGCCCCUGGCCGACUUCUCUGGGCGGGUGAUGACCGCGGCAGUGUUUUCUCCUUCCUCUUUGACAUGGCCACAGGGAAGCUGACCAAAGCCAAGCGUCUGGUGGUGCACGAGGGCAGCCCCGUGACCAGCAUCUCUGCCCGCUCCUGGGUCAGCCGUGAGGCCCGGGACCCCUCACUACUCAUCAAUGCUUGCCUCAACAAGCUGCUGCUCUACAGAGUGGUGGACAAUGAGGGGACCCUGCAGCUGAAGAGAAGCUUCCCCAUUGAGCAGAGCUCACACCCUGUGCGCAGUAUCUUCUGCCCUCUCAUGUCCUUCCGCCAGGGGGCCUGUGUGGUGACUGGCAGUGAGGACAUGUGCGUGCAUUUCUUUGACGUGGAGCGGGCAGCCAAGGCCGCCGUCAACAAGCUGCAGGGCCACAGUGCGCCCGUGCUGGAUGUCAGCUUUAACUGUGAUGAGAGCCUGCUGGCUUCAAGCGACGCUAGUGGCAUGGUUAUCGUCUGGAGGCGGGAGCAGAAGUAGGAGACUUCCAGCCUUGCUACCGUUCACCUUCCCACCCACCUCCUGCCCCAGUCUUGUAUUUGUAAAUAAAGUUCCUGUGGUUGUGCCGA